AUGGCGCCCUUUGGCCUCCCAUUCGUCCUCGCGAUUGCCCCGGCAGCGCUCGGCGCCCAUGGAUCGCGCGCCCUGUCAGAGUCAGAGGGCAGAGCCGCUUGGCUCCCAUGCAUGGACUUCUGCCACAAGGUGACUAUGAGAUGGGAGGCCAUUUGUACGUUCAAGUCGAGAGCAGAUAACAGAUUAGGCCGCAACGGGCCGUGUCAUGAGUGUCCAGAAUGCACUUAUGCGCCGCCUCCACCGCCACCGCCGCCGCCUCCUGGAGGCUGCUUCCUGUAUUGCUAUGUCAAUGACGUCGCAUGGCCAAUGAAGUGCAAUUGGAUGGGCUGCAAGGAAUGUGGUGAGUGCUACAGUCCACCAUCACCGCCGCCACCGGCUAUGCCGGAUCCGCCCGGUCCGCCGCCAGGUCCGCCGCCAUUGCCGCCACCGCUGCCGCCAAAGUCGCCACCACCGCUGCCCCCCUUCUCGCCUCCUUCUCCGCCAUGUCUGGGCCGCUACAUGAUCAUGGCUGAUACGAAGGAGGGCGAUCGUGGCUGCGGCGCCGCUAGUGUGCUCCUCGGCCACGCAGGCAUGCUCAUUAAGACAGACGUCUGCGGCUUUGACAACUGCAACCCUGGCCACUGCCUUGAUGCUUGCGUGGAGAUGUUUGGCGGUCGGGUCGUCUUCAUGUCGUUCCACUUCAACACGUGGUGCAGCUGCUUUUCGGAGUGCGCGCUGACUCGGGCCGCGAGCUCGUUCGACAACUCGGCGAUCGUCGGCCAGACGUGCAGCACACCGCCCAAUCCGCCGCCUCUCCUGCCGCCACCCCCCUCGCCGCCCAUGUCGCCUCCACCGCCCUCGCCCCCACCCCAGCCACCGUCUCCGCCUUCCAAGCCGCCAGGGGCGCCUCCGUCGCCGCCUCCGUCGCCGCCGCCGGCGGCGCCGCCGGGUACGCUCGUGCUGCACGGCGGCAGGAGCGAGCAGAAAUGUGUGUACGAGCCCGACGCCACGACAACCGACGACGGCACGGCCAUUGCAGCGCAGUGCUGUGACCCGUCCAGGAACGGUUGGUGCGUCCGCAAGACGAGCAGCAGCAACCAAGACUGCAUCGCGGGACACUGGGGGUCGGACACGUUUGUCUACACCACGGCGUCCCAGGCGGCGGCGAAGUGCGCAGCGCUCGGCUACACGCUCUGCGACCAAAACUGCGUCAACACCGGCUGCGGCUACAACUCGAUCUGGGUGUGGACGAGCCUGCAGUGCUUCUUCCCGCCGCCGCCACCGGCGAUGCCGCCAUCGCCCCCGCCGCUUGAUUUCCCCUCCCAGGGCGUGCUCGUCCUGAACGGCGGCGCGUUGCAGGAUGAGGGCGGCGUGCUCGCGGAGCCGCGGUGCGUGCACGACCCCUUCACCACCUCGAUCAAGGACAUCGCCAUCGCGACGCAGUGCUGCGACGCAUCUGGCGGGUGCGUCCGCACGCCGACGGGUGGAGACAGGGACUGCAUCGGAGGCAAGCUGGGCACCACCUCCUUCAAGGUCAUGACCUGGGCCGGGGCGAAGGAGGAGUGCGAGUCUCAUGGGCUGGCGCUGUGCGACAAGAGCUGCAAGGGCGAAGGCUGCAACUACAAUUAUCUGUGGGUCUGGUCGCGCCUUCUGUGCCCCCUGCCGCCGCCGUCGCCACCUCCGCCGCCCCCGUCGCCGCCGAAGCCGCCACACAUGCCGAGUACCUUCACUUUCAGAGAUGUCACGGCCCGCGUCUUUAACGACCCCAUCAUUACGUCGAACGGGCACGUGAGCACCGUCUACCACCACUACGGGGCGCCCUACCUGAUGGACUACGAUAACGACGGGUGGAUGGACAUCUUUGCCACGAACCAUGUCGACGACAGACCCUGCACCAAACACUGGGACCUCGCCCUCAACCGCCAGGGCUGGAUGGAGCGGGAUGGCGAGUGGCACGAGACCGGCCGGGUGCUCACGAGCCAAGCUCUCGACCAGGGUGCUCUGCAGUACGUUGAGUUCCCCGGGGAGCGGAACGGGACUGGCCCUGCGUUUGAACCGAGCAAAUUCGACGCACACGGCGGUGGGCUCCUCGACCUCGACCGUGACGGCAUCAUCGACUUGUACGUGGCCCAGGGUGCAAACCGCGGGACAGACAUGAGCUCCCACAGCGAGAACGCGGUGUUUUGGGGAGAGGUCGACCCCGUGGGCGGCAUGCAGCGGCUGGUCGGCGGCCGUGGCGCGGCCAAGGCUGCGGGCAUGGAGUGCUCCGGCUGCCGCGCGUACAACGUGGCCUUGCUUGACGUCGACCACGACGGCCUGCUCGACAUAAUGUCGCUCAACCGGGACAGGAACGACGACAACCUGGUCCCGUCGCGGCUGUGGCGAAACCUCGGUGGCCGGCAGUUCAGCUGGCUCCCCGAGGUGUCCAUCUUUAGCUCGCGCGCGAUGAUGACCGACUUUGACCAGGACGGCUUGGCGCAGGAGCUGCUUGUGCCCAACUGGAUCCCCCGUAUCACGGCGGGGCAGGACUUGCUCGCAGCCUGGAAGUGGGACGCGGCGAAUGGCAGCAUGCUGGACCUCACCCCGGGGUUGGAGAUGUUUCCCGCCAACUGGUGGGAGCGGGAGUGCUCAUGGCCGAACCCUGACCCGUGCCACGAUGAGCGAGAGCUAAUCUCGGUCGUCACCGGCGAUUUCAACGGCGACGGCCUCGUCGACUACGCGCUGCUCACCCUCUGGGGAGUCGACUUCUUGUACUCGCAGUCGGGAGAGACGCCCGCGCACAAGUCCGUCUCGGACACCGUCGAGCCCUUUAUUCUCGUCGACGGCGAGCUCCUCGAGGGCUGUGCUAUGGCUGUGGAACUGAAGACCGCGGACUACAAUCUCGACGGCACGCAGGACCUGCUUAUCCUCUGUCGGUUCAAGGCCCAUUUCUUGACUCAAGAUGAGAGCGGCGAGUGGGUCAGAAUGCCAGGCGUGUGGGGCGACAUCAACGAUCCGUUGCGAAUCUGGAUGGACAACACCUGGCUCGACGAGUGCUGCGAGGACAUGCCGAGCUGCUCCGUGCGCACGGACAUCGCAGUCUUCCACCUCGAUCCGAUGUGCGCGUGGAACUACGCAUUCGGUGGGUCGACCUACUUUGGCAUCACCACAUUUGACCUCAACAACGAUGGCCACAUGGAUCUGCUGCCGUGCGGUUUGAAAUGCCGCAUCUACGAGAGCGUUGCGAACGGUAAUUCAUACAUCGCGUUUAAGCUCAAGGGAGUCUCGAGCAACCAAUACGGGAUUGGGGCCACGGUAGUGCUCACGUGGAGCGCCUUUGCGGAGGCCCAGCCGCAGCAGCAGUUCCGGGAGCUCAACGGCGCGUCGAGCGGCACCGCCAGCCCAUGGGGCAGCGCUGACCACCGCCUGAUCUUCGGCCUCGGCGAGACGGGCGUGCCGCUUCGAGUCGAGGUGCGAUGGCCCUCAAGCGUGGUGGACGUCUUUGACGACCCCGCGGUGCUCCUCUUGCGAACAAACACAAUGGAGGACGCCGUCAUUACUCUCUACGAGGGCAGCAGCAACGAUGUCGCCAGUGGAGCCUUUGUGUAA